CUUGAACCUCAAAGCUGCUCGAUGUUCAGGUCAGUUGGGAUACUCAAUUGUGUUGCUUCACUUGAAUCCUUCGUUCUGUCCGGUGCGUGCUGUCGUAUUUUUUCAAAAUCUACGUCUAUUCCAUUUGAUCCGCUUCAGAUAGAUCGUGAGAUGAGAACUAUUCCAGUCUACGAGAGUUUUUGUUCCUGGAGCUAUUAGGGUUUGAGGGCUCAGUCGAUUGCUCCGGUUUCGAUUGAAUUUUUGUAGGGUGUGAUGCUUCGAUAACUGCGGAUCUGUACCCGUGCAGCUCUUCGGGCGACUGUAUCUUUGGGUUGUUUUUGAUGUUGUUCGAGUGAUUAGAGUAGGAGAUUGCGAGAGAUGUUAUAGUUUGGUUGUCGGCGGUUAACUUGGGCGUGGUUCUUGUCGGCGUGAGACUUUCAUCGGAUGUGGCGGGGCAUUGCUGUAACCAACGAUCCUCGGCGGUAUUAACGGAUUUGGCAAGGGGUUGGAUACGUGGGAGCUGGUUUUUAGCUGUAAAGGAAUUUGAAAUUUGAAGAAUAGAAGCUAUGGCGGGCUUGGUAUAUGAUGCGCCAUCAUUUCCUCUUAGCCCCGGUGACAAUCCUGAACAGGAUCUUCCUGUUUGUUUGCGACUGAUAAGCCCUCCAGCGACAAAUGGGUUUACCGGGUUGCUGUACAAUGUGGUCAUGGCGCUCCCUGCAUUGCUGUUUCUGCUAUUUCUUCUCGCGCAUCUACGUUCUAGUGUUAGGAAGCUUUUACAUAGUCAGUCGCACAUAAUGGCAGCUUACUAUGCAUUUCUUUGGGUCAUUUGCGUGCUCAAUAUUUGUUGGUGUCUCCUAGAGAUACAACAAGCAAAAAAUCAUGAUCAAGAAACAGCAUGGAACAUUAUGUCUCUCCUGACGAGGUUUGGCUUGGUUCUUCUCGAAGUGAGCGUGGUCGUGUUUAUGUCUCAAGGUUACCUCAUCAGUGGUUGGGAUGCGCUUCUUCGCACCCUCUUGUUUUCGGGAAUUUUCGCCACGGUCGAUGCCAUAGUGAAAGCUGUGUACAUAUUUGGCCUUGGGAUUCCACUUUUCACCAAACAAGAAGAUGCUGGAGAUUGGAACAAGUGGGGCUUCUGGUUGUUGCAGAACCUUUUCUUUUCUGCAGUUUAUGUUAUCAUCUUGGCUCUGCCAUACACACGAUGGAGAGAUCGACUACCAGCUCGUCCAUCUUUCUACCGCUACGUCACUGUCCUGUUUGCCUUGAAUGGAAUUGAAGGCUUUGGGAGUUUGCUAUUGGGAAUUGGUGCCAGUUUUGGAUACUGCGUCUAUGGGUUUGCCAGCUUCGCAUACUACGCCCUGUAUCCGCCUCUCCUGUACUCGACUUUCCUUUCGGAGUUUUUGGGAGAAGAAGAUGUGCAGAUGGAAGAUGCGUAUUACUCGGAGAUGAAGGAUGCGGGGUAUUUUGACGGGGAUUGGGAAUGAUCAAAUGUUUUGAACAUGCACCACUUUAAGCCGGUUCUACUUCAGUAUCACGAAGUUGACAUUUACGGAGUUCGUGAUCUCAAUGUAAAGUGGCCACAUCCGUUUGAUUUAUAGAGCACCUACACGUGGCUGUUGGUUGGACUGGUUACGAAUCGCGAGGAAUAAGCCCUCAAAUGGAUGAUCGAGUCAUUAUUGGAGCGCCAAAGUUGAAAGGAUCCGGGAUGUCCUUGUUUUUUUUUGAGCUCUGCCUCGUCGAGGUUUUUGCAGCGCAGCGAAGAAUACAGGUGAUUGAAGGCUGUGAACCUCGACGAUGUAUCGAGCUACGGUCAGGAUUUAUAUUUGAACGAGCAAAUUGAGUAAUUUAGUUCUACAUCACAUCAACGUAAAUUUCUUGUUCAUCGAUCUGUGAAGAAUUGAACUACACAGAUUAAGGUUGUGCCGACCAUUGUUGCCCCACAUCUCCUAGGUGCUGAUAGGUGCUAUUUGUUGGGGGCGAAGGACUUAUUACGUCCCUUCUUUUCUCCGCUCUGACACUGAACUCAACUCACACAAGUAGCAGUGCGGAUGUGUACGUGUUAAUCAAUCUGUUUAUUAUAUAUAUUUGUUUAUAUAUAUAUAUAUAUAUAUUAGUCAAUUUGUUAAUCAA